CGGUGACUCGGCCUUUUCUUGAUGCUUCCCGCCCUGCCCCCCGUCACACGCCAGGCGCGAUCUUUCCAGGCUAGUUGGCAGCGGCUUCCCUUCCCCACCUCAGGCUCCCCUCAGGCUCCCCUCGGUGGCCGCCAUCUUUGCUGUCGUCGCCACAGCCCGAGAACCGGUCCGGUUGAGGUCGUGCCUGGUGCCAUGUCCGCCGCAGGGGACAGAGAACUGCACUCAGGUGGACGGGACCACCCUGUGGGACCAGAGGGAACAUGGGCCAGAUUGGUGGGCGCUGGUGACUGGGUGGUCAGAGACUCCGGGGCCCACGAGAGCGACUUGGUGUCAGCAGCCCGGGAGGCCGGAGUCAGUGGGGAGGCCGCGGUCAGUAGGGAGGCCGCGGUCGGUGAGGAGGCCGCGGUCAGUGAGGAGGCCACGGUCAGUGAGGAGGCCGCGGUCGGUGGGACGGCCGUGAUCCGUGAGGAGGCCGCGGUCAUCGGUGAGGAGGCCGCGGUCGGUGGGGAGGCCGCGGUCGGUGGGGAGGCCGCGGUUGGUGAGGACGCCGCGGUCGGUGAGGAGGCCGCGGUCAUUGAGGAGGCCGCUGUCGGUGGGAGCCCCGCGGUCGGUGAGGAGCCCGCGGUCGGUGGGGCGGCCACAAUCGGUGAGGAGGCCCUGGUCAGUGGGGAGGCCGCGGUCAGUGGGGCGGCCGCGAUCGGUGAGGAGGCCGCGGUCGGUGGGGUGGCCGCAGUGUGCGGCGUGGGCCGGGGCAUUCGGUGUCUCCGGGGGCUUGGGUUCCCCGGGGCAUUCGCAGUCUGUGGGUGCCCAGGAUCACUGGGGCUCUGGGCAGCUUCGGGGUGA